CUCUCUGUCUCUUCUCCGUGUGUGUCUCGGCGUCCGGCAUCAGCGGCGGCGGGGUGGCGCGGCGGCGGGGGGUGCGGCAUUGGGAGCUGACGUGGCGGGAGGGUGGUCGGCGGAGGGUGAGGGGGAGGAGCGAGGUGUGGGGGCGGGCUCGCCGCCGGCCAUGGCGUGAUCUGUGGUCCGAGGGCGGCUUGAUCUCGGCUUCUUGGGCUGGGCGGGGAGGGGAGCCACCCCAUGAACGGAGCAAGCGCCGGCGCUGGCGGGGAUGGGCCGCUGGUGUACCAGCGGUGGAAGGGGAACAACGUUUUUAUUCUUCAGGGGAGGUUUAUAUUUGGACCUGAUGCAAGAUCCCUGUACGUCACCAUGUUCCUCAUCAUCGCGCCAGUGUCAAUCUUUUGUGCGUUCGUUGCCAAAGAAUUGAUGAAUAACUUCUCUUAUGGUCUGGGGUUACCGGUAAUGAUUGCAGCAGUUGUAUUCACAGCAUAUGACUUGAGCCUUCUACUUCUCACUUCUGGUAGGGAUCCAGGUAUCAUACCUCGGAAUGCACAUCCUCCAGAACCUGAAGGUCUGGAUGGCAAUGCAGAAGUUGGAUCUAACCAGACUCCACCAACGCGUUUGCCCCGAGUGAAGGACGUUGUUGUCAAUGGAAUCACUGUGAAGACAAAAUACUGUGACACCUGCAUGCUGUACCGGCCUCCUCGUUGCUCCCAUUGCUCUAUCUGCAACAACUGUGUUGAACGUUUUGACCAUCACUGCCCAUGGGUUGGGCAAUGCAUAGGACUUCGGAAUUACAGGUUCUUUUAUAUGUUUGUCUUCUCAACAACUCUGCUCUGCCUGUAUGUCUUUGGGUUCUGCUGGGUAUACAUUAUCAAGAUCAGAAACACGGAGCAGAUAACGAUAUGGAAGGCUAUGGCAAAGACCCCUGCUUCUAUUGCCCUGCUAAUCUACACAUUCAUUGCGGUAUGGUUUGUUGGUGGCCUGUCUGUAUUUCACUUGUAUCUCAUGAGCACGAACCAGACAACAUAUGAGAACUUCAGAUAUCGUUAUGAUCAACGGGCCAACCCCUACAACAGGGGAGUCGUGGAGAACAUUAAAGAGAUCUUCUUCUCGGCAAUCCCUGCCUCCAAGAACAACUUCCGUGCGAAAGUCCCAAUUCCACAGGAUCAGGGUCUGAGGCCUCGCCCGACCAAUGGCUUCAUGAGUCCAAACAUGGGGAGAGCUGUUGGUGACAUCGAGAUGGGCAGAAAGCCAGUGGCAUGGGAUGAGCCAAGGAUGGCAGCUGAGAUCGGUGACUUGGGAGCAGGCCUGAGCAACUUGUUGGAGGACAAGGAUGGCAGAUUUCGUAACGCGUCUCCAGACCUGAGCCGUGACGCCCUCGCAGUUGGAGGCUUGGAUGAGCAAGGCUCCUCAGUGAUGCAGCCAGGGCGCACAAGCUGGGGAGUUGAAGCAGGUCGAUGAUGACAAUGUCUAGUUGGCCAUGUAUGCAAUUGUAGUGAGAUGCUCAUGCUCAGGGAUUUUAGUACUGGCUUGUUGCUAAUUUGGUGUUUGGGUUGAGAUUUGAGGUCACUGAUGUUCUUAGGCCUGUGAUCUGGGUGGUUGAUUUCACAUUUCCAUCUCUCCUUUUUUUUAUUGUCUGAUCCUCCUUACGUUCCUUUGUAUUUCCUGUAUCAGUGGUUUGAAGCAGUUUGGUUGUGAGGUAUCCAGAUUAGAUCAGUUAUAAUUGUGUAUGUAUAUAGUUGGACCACUGAACUUACAAGGGAUUGCUUUACUUAGCUUUUGGUAUCAAUGAUUGUGAACAAGAUUGUAUUUUGCGGUGGACAAAAA